AGCAGCAGAAAGCACAGAAAACGAGGCAAGAAGCAUAAUCAAAAUAUACAGCAGCAGCAGCAGCAACAGAAACACAAGCAACAGCAACAGCAACCAACAACCGCAACAUGGCAAUCGCUGCAGUGGGCAGCAGCAGCAGCAGCCAUUGUGGGCGUGGCCCGGCCAGCUUGUGGUUGAUUUGGCUGCUGUUGGCAGCACCAGCAUAUGCGGCGCCGGCAAAGACAGCAACUGUUGCUGAAGUGACAAUAGCAGCAACAGCAGCAGCAGCACCAGCAACAGCAACAUCAAAUGUGGCAACAGCAGCGCAACAGCUGCAAAUAGGCGUUGAAGGCGAUACGCCCACAUUGAUUGCAACUGGCAGGCAGCAACAUGUCAGCCAGGCAACCACAAAAGCAGCAACAACAACCUCUACGACAACAACAAUACCAUCAACAACAACAUCCACGACAACAACAACAACUGCUGCACCAGCAGCAAUCACAACUACGAGUGUGACAACAGCAACAAGCAUUGCCAGCAACAGCAGCAGCACUGCAACAGCAACCACAGCAGCAACCUCCACAACUACAACAACAACAACAACAACAGCGAGCAGCAACCAUUUGCCGGAAUCGGUGGUGCAGCUGCUCGAUCUGGAAGUGACUGCAGCGCCACCUCAGAACAAAGGACACGACGGCCUCAAGCUGACCAAAAAGAAGCAGCUGCAACAGCAACACUUCCACGCCACCAGCACGUCACCAGCAGCAGCAACAGCAACAGGAAUGCUGCUGCCGGUGGCCAAUGGAUAUUUGGGACCCAUUUUCAUGGGCGAAAAGACAUUCAGUGUGGUGCAUCCACUAAAAAAGCCGCAACCAGCACAAGAAGAGGAGCAACCAAAGGUGGAUACGGAGUCGAUUGAGUCGCAGCUGCGCGAAGGACGCAUUGUUGAGAUUCUGGCGCCAACAGCGUUGCUCGAGAGCAGCACAACAACAACCAACAGCAGCAGCAGCCCGAUAACUGACAGCAACAGCAACAGCAACAACUUGGGCAGCAGCACUUCAACAACCACCACAAGUCGCCCCAUUUUGCCGCAUGCAAUGCUCUCGACAACCGUUUUCCAAGUGCCCGAACAGCAGCAACCACAACAACCUACAGCCGCAACAACAACCACAACCACAACAACAACAACAACAGCGAGCAGCACUCGCUUGCCAUUUGUGGCUGCUGUUGCUGAAAUAAGUGCGGUGCAAGCAACAGCACCUCGGACUGAAUCCAAAAUCUCCGACAUACAAAUCGAGGUCUACGACUCGACGGUGGAUUCGAUUGUGGCGUCCACGAAUUUCCGGGAUAAUCAAGGCUAUUAUCCGUUGCCCCUGGAGCCAGCGAUGGGCACCACAAAGCCACCGCCAAGUUCGCCGGUGGUGCAAGAGCGUUUCACCCAAUACGUGAUCGAUCGAGCGGAUGUCUCCACACAACCCGCUGAGCCAGGGAUGGGAAAACCGGAGCCAGCGGCGAUUGAGAUACACAUCAAUGUGUCGGAGGCCUUUGGCAGCGAGAGCGAAGAUCUCGAGUUCUCGUAUCGCCAGCCAGCGAAUAAGCCAAGCAAAUCAAAUGAUGAGAUACUUGUGGUCGAGAUCAUUGACAGCAGCACCGAGAACAUUUCGUCGAGCGCCAGUUCCGAGCAUUUGUUCAACUAUCCGGGAGCAUCGCAGCCACAGCCAGCGGUAAGGCCACCGCAAACGCAGGAUGCAACCGACGAGCUGUUUAUGGCGGAUCGUGGCAAUGGUUUGCCGCGACCACCGCAUCCGCCACCGCCGCCACCGAUGCCGCGCAAACCGAGCAUCGAUCGGGACUCCGAUACGAUAUUCUACAUCUCCAACACCGAGGUGAAGGUGGGCGAAUCCCUGCCCACCGCCAGCAGCAGCAGCAGCAACAACAACGAGCAGCAGCAGCAACGCAAACUGCAGCUGGAGAAUCAAUUCUUUCCGGCCAGCUACAUUAUGGAGCAACAACAGCAACAGCAACAACAACAGCAGCAGCAACAGAAGCUGCAGCGUAGCUCCUCCGAGGACAUUAUACUUUCACCGCUUCACAACACCGCCGAUGCGCUGAAGAUAUUGAGAAGUCCGGCCAUGUCUGGGGAUGGGGCUCCGCCCUUGGAUGUCACCUAUGUGGGGGAAUCGGUCAUUGAGGUGGAGCAACAAGCGUUGCCCUCAACACAGCAGCCGCCGCUGAUGGUCGCCAGCGUUCAACCGCAAGCGGACAUCAUUAUACAGCCGGCGGUGUUGCCGGAUCUGGCGAUUGGAGUGCCUGUAAUUGGUGAGCUGCCGCCACAGAUUGAGCUCAAGGAGAUCGACUAUAUGCCCGGUGAGCUCCUGGGUCAGAGUCAGGGUGGCAUCUAUGAGAAUGACAUCGAGAGCAAUAGCUUGGGCAUGGGCAUGGGCAUGGGCAUCGGUCAACCGGAUCCCGAUGUCAUCGAGAGUUCCAUUCAAUACGGUGGGGAUUUGAUCGAUGAUGGCGCUGGCGGUGGCUUCGAUGGCGUCGAGGGUUCGUAUCCCUUCGAUAGUCCCGCGCAUCGCUUGCAACAGCAUCAGGUCAACGGACAUCGCUACAGUCAUUUGCAUCGCGAACAGUUGCCGGUCGCCGAGCUCCUGAAUGCCACGUUGCUGCAACAGCACAACAACGACAGCGGCAACAUCUCGGAAUUGGGCGGCGCUUCGGCCAUGGCACCGUUGCAGCAUGGCGGAGCUCAGUUCUUCGAGACACACACCAGGAAUCCCUCAAUGUCGGAGCAACCAGCAGGUUAUUUCAAUCUCAUUGCUGUCUCGGUGGGUCUCAUCAUUGUUGUGCUCGCCGCUGGACUCUUGACCUCCAUGUAUUGUGCAGUUCGUUAUUUCUUGAACAAGAAUGCGACUUCGAGUGCCGCUGGCGAUGACAGCGAACAGGGCCAGGGACAGGACUCCAAGCAAGAGUUGUCAUCGGUGGCUGCCUCAACGCCUGUGUCGCAGCACAGCAGCAAUCGCGAGAGUAAUAAUCCGCAACUGGCUUGCAAACAGAAUCCGCAGCAUCCAAAUGCCGCCCUAAUACGCUCCAUGUCGUUGGCCUUGGCCAGCGGCGUGCAACGCAUUGAGUUUCAGUUUGAGGCACGUGCCGAACAGCAGCAAACACCGAGUGGCACCACAACGCCCUUGGCCACGCCCACAUCGACAUUUGCCGGCGGCUUUGCAUUCAGCGGUUCCGUCACUAAGAUGACGCUCAAAGAUAAUCAUCUCAUUGUCGUCACUGAAGAGCGACACGAUAUUUCGCGCAACGCACGAGAAACCAAAAUGCACACAGACAAGGACGGUGUCUUUGUGGUGGAAGUGGCACGUGGCAUCGACUCCAAACAGCCACCCGAUAGUCCAGCUGCAGCCGCUGCAGCAGCUGCUUCCGCUGACAUCACCGAGCUGCCCUUUGACACUUCGAACAGCAAUGGCGGGCUGAAGCAAUCGCCGGCAGCUUUGGAGAAUCGCUCGUUGCCACCGAAUCACGAACAGGUGCAGAUCCAUGCACCGCCCAGCGACUUUGCCAAUCCCUUGACCACAGGUGGAGCAGCUGGUGGAGCAACAGCAGCUUCCGCUGCUGGUUUGCAUCUCAUUGAGGAGGAAACACUUGCGGCCGAUGAGGAGGCAAUGAUGUUGCCCGAGUCGCAGCCAUUGCAAGCCACGGCUGCCACGGGUUUGUCGCAAUCGGAUUUGAGUUCCACAUCGUCGAGUGAUUCGAACAAACGUUACUCGUAUGGCAACCAGGAGCUGUAUGUCAUCGAUCAGCCCGGUUAUGUGACUAAUGCGCCAACGGUGAUUAGCAUUCCACUCCUGGUCAGCGAAGAGACAGCAGUUGAGCAACAGCAGCAGCCACAACAGCAAUCGCCAGAGCAGAAAAAGAAAGAGGAGCUAGAGAAGCAGCUUAAGAAGCAGCAGCAGACUACUGAGCAAAGGGAGCAAAGGGAAGACAAGUCAGAGUUGCAAAAGGCAGCUGAAGAAUUAGAGCAGCCAAAGCAAGCAAAGUCAGAGCAGCCUAAAGAAAAGCAGUCUGAGCCUAAGAAGGAGCAGUCGAAUGAGCAGCCAAAGGAAGCAAAGUCAGAGCAGCACAAUGAAGUCCAGCCUGAGUCUAAGAAAGAGCAACAGAUUGAGCUGACAGAGGAGCAGACAAAGCUAGCAUCGCCAAAUGACAUUGAGCAGCAGUCAGAGCUGAACAUAACUGACGCAGAAGUCAGAACUCCGAAAAUGACUGACGAGCAAGAGCUAGAAGGCAAGACAGCAGAGGACAAAGAAGUUACUGAGGAAGCUCCUAAGACAGAGACACAAGAAGAGAAGCAACAGGAAAGUCCUGCGAAAGAAACACGAGAAGAGAAGCAACAGGAAACUUCUGAGAUAGAGACUCAAGAGAAGAAGCAACAGGAAACUUCUGAGAUUGAGACAUCUGAGGAGACGCCAAGAGAAGCGCCAAAGGAAGAGAAUGAACUGGAAACUCCGCAAAAGAAUGAAACUCAACAACAGAAUGAACUAGAGACUCAGCAAGAUAAUGAACUGGAACUGAUUCAACCAAAGCCUCAAAGCGAAGCAGAGCUGCCAGCAGAGGAGCAACCGAAGCCAGAGCCAAUUGGGGAAGCCGAGUGUAGCUACGAUAGUUUGAUGAGUCUGCCGGAACCGCCGACAAACGAAGAGAUUAUGAACGAGGAGCUCAACGAUUACGCGCUAAUGGAAUCGAAUCAAUUGGAUUCGCUGCCACCGCCACCGCCACCGCCGCCAGCAGCAGCAACAGCAGCAGCCGUGAUCAAUGACAAUGGUCACAAUAACCAUAAGGAGCUGCCACCUCUGAGCAAUGGGAAGUCAGACCAAGGUGGACCAGGAACAGACGCAGAGCCAUCGACAUUGACGCCACCCGCCUCGCCGCCAGCAUCGCCAACAGCAUCGGCCACAGCAUCGUCAACAGCAACAGCAACAGCUUCGCUUUGCGGUGGCGGUGCUCUCAGCAAUGGCAUCCAUGCGGUGGCUGUCAAUGGCAGUUAAGAGCAGACCGACACACACAAAUUGAUGAUGGAAGGAGGGAAAAAAAAACCAAAAGGUAAGCUCGAAAUGAAAUAGUGCACUACAUUUUAAGAGGAUGUGUUUUUUUUUUUUUUAAUAUUGCGUGUAUAUUGAGGAUGCGAAAUGCAAGAAAGGCAUUCAAUUCGCCGCAAUCCUUUCGCGCCUCAAUGAAUGUUUAGGCUAGGCUAAGGGCAAUAGGCUGGCAAUAAGCCUAAUCUAUGAUAAUACGAAAAGAAUACAACCAAAUAUUUAUAUUAAUAAUAAUGAUAUACUAUUUCAAUUUUUCCACUUAACUGUUUGUUGAUUUUCAAAAUAUUGAAACAAAAACAAAAAUCACAAAAAAAACAAAUGAUAAUAUUUAAGAACAAUUCAAAUUCCGAUUAAUAUAAAUAAAUCAUAAUUAAUUGUUUGUCUAUUUGCGGCUGGCGCCAAACCCCCGAAAAAGAAAAAACAAAAGAAGCGCUGGCCAACACUGCUAUUUCAAUGUCUAUCUACAAACUACGAAAACGAAAAAACAUUUGAAUAAAUAUAUAUGAAAAAGAGAGAAACAACAAAACAAAUAAUAAUAAUAAUAACCACC